AUGUCAAACGAUAAAAAAAAAAAAGUAAUUAGAGUAUGGGUAGAUGGAUGUUUUGAUAUGAUGCAUUAUGGGCACGCAAAUGCUUUGCGUCAGGCAAAAGCAAUGGGAGAUUAUUUGGUGGUUGGAGUUCAUUCUGAUAUGGAAAUUGAAGCACAUAAAGGACCAACUGUCAUGAAAGAAGAAGAAAGAUAUGCAGCAGUAGAAGCAUGUAAAUGGGUUGAUCUUGUAGUUCCAAAUGCACCAUAUUUCACAAGUUUAGAAAUGUUAGACCAGUUUAAUUGUGAUUUUUGUGUGCACGGAGAUGACAUCACCACGCUUGCAGAUGGAACAGAUUGUUAUAAAGAAGUGAAAGAGGCAGGUAGGUAUAGAGAGUGUAAACGAACACAAGGUGUCUCUACAACAGAACUAGUAGGUCGUAUGUUGUUGAUGACCCGAGAUCAUCAUAAACGACAAUCAACAAGCAUUGCAUCAGUCAAUAACGAGGAUUUGAAUACAUUUAUUACUGACCCAUCUCAUAAUAAAAAAAUGGAAACAAGAAUCUCUCAUUUUUUACCAACAUCUAGAAGGAUUGUACAAUUUUCGGAAGGAAGGGAGCCAAAUGUUGGCGACAAAGUUGUUUAUGUCGAUGUUAUUAUUGGAGCACCGUAUAGUGUUGAUGAUAACGUAUUAUCCAAAGUAUAUAAAGUUGAUAUAGUUGCACAUGGAAAUACUCCAUCUUUACCUGACAUAGAUGGCAAAGAUCCUUACAAGUUGCCAAAAAAUAAUGGUAUUUAUAUUGAAAUAGAAAAUCCAUCCGCAGAUCUUACUACAGCAAAAAUUAUAGAUCGCAUAAUUGAACAUAGAAAGAUGUGA